AACGACUCCAAUUUGGAGAUGAGAUGGCGCGCAUCUAGAAGCCUGAGGGAGGAUCGGACGGUGUGCAAGCUCUAACUCCCCAUGUCGCGACUUAACCGGAACAGCCUUUAUGUCUAUCCUUUGGGCGAGAGGACGGCGACGGGCGAAAAUGUUUGGCCGCCUCCAACGCCUUCGCCUCCUCAGAUACCUCUCGGCCGUCCAAAUCCCUGCCCAACCCCUUCCUCCUAUCGCCGUACCUCCUAACUCCUUGUCCGUUGCGCCAACAGCCGCCGCCCUGAAACCCAUCAGCUGCCCCCGACUCUUCUCCCUGUAUCAUCUGAGGCGGCGAAGACCAAGCGAAAGAGUUCCUUUCUGCUCUCGGUCGACGCAGACGAAUGAAGGCGCCGCCAUGGCCUACCUCUCGGUCCGCAUUCGAUGCCGCAAAUGUGACGCUGAUAUACUUUCAGAGUCUCUACUGUGCUUUGGUGCUAGUUCUACUAGCAUGGAUGAAUUAAGUGAUUCUCAUGAUCUUGAUGAGAUUUGGAUAACUUGCAUAUUUGCAGUUAAUCAAGAUGUGCAUACUUGCAUCUCGCAUGCCAUCAGCUCAAUUGGUUUGAACUAUGGACCAAAUUAUGAAGUCUCAGUGGGUGAAGAAUGUGAUUGGGUAAAAGGUGUACAGGAAACUUUUCAUCCUGUUGAGGUUACUGCUGGUCUCUGGAUUGUCCCCAAAUGGAGAGAGCCCCCUGAUUUGCAAGCAACAAACAUAUUCCUUGAUCCGGGAAUGGCUUUUGGGACAGGGGAACACCCAACAACGAAGUUGUGUUUGAUGUUGCUACGCAAAUUACUACAUGGUGGAGAACAAUUUUUGGAUUAUGGCACAGGAUCUGGAAUUCUAGGAAUUGCUGCUGUUAAGAUGGGAGCUGCCGCAUCUAUUGGAAUAGACAUAGACCCACAAGCAGUUACUUCAGCUCGUCAGAAUAUUGCAUCGAAUGAUAUGGAUUCCAGCAAAAUGUUGGUCUACUUGGUUCCCAGCAAAACCGACUCAUCGUGUACCGAUGCCGAAACCAACAUGGAUCCAGAAGAGACACCUUUGCUUAACCUUGAACUGAAAUCUGCUAAGGGGAAAUUUGACAUCAUCAUUGCAAAUAUACUACUCAACCCUUUAUUGGAGUUGGCAAAGGAUAUUGUUUCUUAUGGAAAGCCCGGCGCAAACAUUGGUCUAUCGGGAAUCCUAUCCGAACAGGUGCAACAAAUCAAAGAAACUUACUUGCAGUACCUCGAUGAUAUCUCGGUAUCUGAAAUGGAAGGUUGGGCGUGCCUCCAUGGUAUCAGAAAAGAGAACCUGACGUUGUAGUAAGCAAUCUCCAUAGCAACUGGUAUGAUCGAUGAACAGCUGAAUUGUUGUGCUACUAUGAACAUUUUCAAAAGAAAUUAUACAUAUUUUUUGCUUGA